AUGUUAAUUGAGCAAUUGUUAAAAAGCAAUUUAGAAUGUCAAAUGAAAGAAAUUGAGAAACAUCUACAUGUAUUUGUUUAUUGUUUACUGUUAAUUUUAGUCAUCAUUUGACAAGAUAAACAAUUUUAUUGAUCAGGUAUUCAAUCUUGAUUAGUAAACUUCAAUAAUCAGUAGUCAUGGAUCAGAAUUAUCAUUGCCAAAGGUUAAUGAAUUCAAUUUAGUUGGCCAAUCCAAUUUUCAAUCAAAUAUGGUUUAAGAAUUGAUGCUCCUUGUUAAUUAAAAAAUCAAAUCAUAACCGCAAAUGGAAUAAGACCUAAAAUUUAAAACUCCAUCUUAAUACAAUUUAAAGCCAUUUUCUUAUCAAAUUAUUUAAGAUAAUUCCAUAAAAUAACAGAACUUUUGUGGUGCUUUUGCUUUUAAUAAAGAUUGCUCAAUUAUUGCAGUUGGGUGCGGUAAUGAAAUAUUAAUAUAUGAAUUCGAAUAAGGAAAGUUUAAAUAAACUUAAGUAUUAGUUCAACAUCAAAAUAGCAUUUUUACAUUGAAUUUUAUGAAAAAAUCCAAUUAGUUGAUAUCUGGAGAUUGCGAUAAUGCUAUUUUAAUUUGGUCUAUUAGUAACAAAAAUUAAUGGGUAUGCUUAUAAACGGUCCAAGGACAUGAUUCUUAAAUAAAUUGUUUGGUUGUGCAUAAAAAUGAAGAUCUAUUUAUAUCAGGCAGUAAUGAUAAGACUAUUAAAUUUUGGGUAAAGGAAAAUGAAUGGAAAUGCUCCUAAACAAUCACAUAUCAUCAAAAUUCCGUUUAUUCUUUAAGUUUAAAUGAAAAAUAGAAUUAAGUUAUUUCUUGUGGAGGAGAUAAAUUUAUAUUAAUAACCUAGUAUUCAGAAUAGACAAGAAAUUGGGUUAUAAUAUAAUAAAUUGAUAUUGAUUAUUUUGGAAUUCGAUUACACUUUAUCAACAAUAAUACAUUCACAUUUCAAUCAUAAUAAGGUAGCAUGAUGUAAGUCUAUGAAAUGGAUAGCGAAUAUAGAAUAUUCACUAAAACAAAAGAGAUUAUUCUUAAUCAAGGUGAUGAUAGUAAUAUAUUAUUUCCUUAAUUAUAUGUUAAAUCAAAAUAAUUAUUAAUAAAUAAGAACAAUAAAUACGUCAAUUUUAUAAGAAUGACAGAAUAUGGAGAAUUUAAACUUGAAUAGUCUAUAUAAUUUGCUAAAAAUGGUAUAUAUGGGUCUUUAAGUGAUGAUGGAGACUAUUUGAUAACUUGGGAUUACUCAUCAUAUGAAAUUUAAAUUAGAAAAUAUUAAGAAGAAUGA